CGUUUCUCUCUUCUUCUCAAACAGUUUAUUCAUUCUCUCUUUCUCAAGAAUGGCUGAUUAUGCCGUGGAUUCCGAUUCACAAGUUGGUUCCAAGCGCAGAACCUCUGCUGACACUGACCAAAAAGAAGAAACUCUUCUUCAACUUCCCUCCUCUCUCUCUGAGACCACCGCCGACCGCCGGGAUUCAACCCCACCUGACCGCCAAGAAGAAACAGCUAUGGAUCAUAGCAGUCCAAAGAAAGCCAAGUGCUUCCCCCUUCUUUCUGAGGGCAACCAAGAAAUGGGUCUCCAUUCUUUCACUCAAAAGAAAGUCUCUCUUUCUGGGCUUUUCGAGAAAGAAAAGGUAUAUGAUGUGGAAACCAAAGAGGGUUCCUUUGGAGUUCAAGAAGUUGGUAGCCAAGUCAAUUCCAUUGAAGCUGAUAACAAAGGAAAAGAUUUGGAAUCUGAAACUGUCUUGGAAGCUGAAAAGAAACGACUUUUGGAUGAGCUUGAAGUUGAAAACAUCUUUGGAGGUACCAAAGGACUUGACUUGCCUGUUAAAGGGUCUUUAAUGAUUGAAGUUAUCGAUGAUACGGCUUUGAUUGGAUCAUUUCCUCUCUCCAGAACUGGAAAUGGUGAGAAAAAGAAGGGGGAACAUGAAAUUGAUUGUACCAAAACUAAAAGAUCAAGAAGAAAGAGAAAGAAUGUAAAAAAGGUUUUGGGGGAAUCUGGAACUGUGAGACACGUUGAGUCAACUGAAAUAUUUGAAGUUCAAAAUGGGAAGACAGAAAGCGGAAAUCAGAAUAAGAUAAUGUACUCAAGAAAAGAGUUAGAGUCUUUGAGGUUUGCUAAUGGUGUGGAACAGAGGAAUUUUUGGAGGGAUGUAUAUAAAAGUCUUGGUAAAGAUGUGAUCAGAGAGUAUGAGGACUUGGGAAGGUGGAAACAUCAGAAGAAAAUCAGCUCAGGUUCGAGCUCGGAUACACGUCAUGACUUUGCAAAGAAGACAGGGUCUCCUGCAAUUAUAAGGGAAAAUUAUUCUGAAAAUGUGGGUAAUGAACUAGAGUACAUGGAGGACAAUGAGAUGGAAAAUAUUUUUCCUUUCGGUUUUACUUCUCAUGAUGUUGAAGUUGAAGAUGCCGUUUUUGGUGUAGAAGAAGAAUGUAUUGAAGAUGAUGACAGCGACGAAGAUUACACCACCAUUCUUAGGCCCGCUUUCAUGGUGGAAGGGGAACCUGACUUCGAUUCUGGUCCUCCCGAGGACGGACUAGAAUAUCUCAGGCGUGUCAGGUGGGAAGCUGCUCAAAUUCCCAAAAUAAAGAUUGCGAAGCCUCACAAGUUUACAUCAAACAAGGAACAAAGUGUUUAUAUGCCUCAGAUUCCAGAAAUUGCCGACUGUCCCGAACAUUUGCUGCCACUGAAACAGUGGGAGGAAGCAUUUCUUGCAGAUUUUUUGGAGCUACGUAUGACUCUGUCACAUAUGGAGGAUCCCAGUGCCGAGGUUUCUUGUAAACUACCAAGGUUAACUGUUCAAGCAGACGACCUGUGUCGGCUCCCGGAGGGGGGUGCUGUUGAGAAUUUUAACCAUGCAACUGGUGAAGUCCACUCUGACCAGGUUUUUUUGUCAAAAUCUGCAGAUGAGAUUUCACUGGCUCAGAACAAUCCAUGUCCUAAAACCUGUAUCAGUGAUACUUGUGGUGACUUCCCAACUUUGUCUGCAAUCCGAAAGAUGGACUCAGUAGCUCGAGUUUCGAUGCUUAGGAAACAGAUAAGCUCGGUUGAGAACAUGAGCUCAUUGUCGAGGAGCAACUGUGUGUGGCUAUUUGCUUUAUGUGCAGCAAUUGACACGCCUCUGGACGCCGACACUUGCGCCUCCCUUCGUAGUCUGCUUCGGAAAUGUGCUAAUUUGAGAGCUGGGAAGUCUGAGGUUGAUGAUGAAGUUAUCAUGCUCAACAUUUUGGCGACAGUUUCAGGAAGAUAUUUUGGUCAGUCAGAAACCUGAAGUUUUGCUUCAUGUGUAUUUAUGCUGAUUUUGUAUGAACUUGUGUAGAAAGAGUUUAUGAAAACUUUUAUGGUAACUUGCAA